AUGUCAAGUCAUGGUCGCAAUGCCAGGGCCAGGUCUUCUUCACCUACAACGCAAACAAUUUUGUGGCUUGGCUGUCUUGUUUUCGUCCUCACCGUCAUCGAAACAUACUCCCACUUCACUGCACACCCUGACGUAUCAUUUAUUCGCUGGAUCUGUCACCAAGAUCACAAAAAUCAUAGAGUUAUUCGACCGGGACAGUAUCGUGAGACUACGAGCCAUCAAUAUGCUGUGAACAAUCCAGAUGACAACAUAGAGGACGAGGACGAGGACUAUGGAAUGGGCACCGAGCAUGAUGAAAGAGAUCCAUUAUUCUACAUGGGUGGAACAUUGACUCUCACCAGCACUCAUUCCACUGACCUAGACCACCCUCACCCCAUUCCCUCCAUCUAUGACCCGUAUCCGGCAUACAAUAGUAAAGAAUGGAGAAAAAAGAAUCAUGGGGACUUCAAAGCUUGCUUAGGGCCGCGUGGUCGUGACUUGGACCGCAUAUCUUCUGAAGACAUGAUGCUCGUCUAUAAAGGGAAGCAGGAUGGAUUCCCAUCACCUAAAAUCGGAUCAUAUGAAGCUAUGGAUCUAGAUGGUGAUGUCUGCGCAGACAAAUACUCUCGUUUUGGCGCGUAUGGCUUUGACGAAGACGAGACAGAGGAGAUUCCGGGCUUUACUCGUCCGCCAAUGGUUAGCUGGUACGAUGUUGAUUGGCACAAGUUGCAAUCUCAAUGCUUCGAGAGAAAUAUCAAUCGCUACGCGCCUAGUAGCUUGACGGAGCAGUCAUAUCAGCAGCCACUCUCUUUUGAACUGAGAGAGCCACCGAAGAAGAUGGACGGCUCGGAUACUGCUUCUUCUCUAAAGCCAUAUCAUCCGCGAUCUGCGCUCUUGAUUCGUACUUGGCAUGAAAUGCUCUGGACUAAGAACCAUCGGGAAUAUCUACGGGCGCUGAUCAUGGAGCUUUCUCUGCAUUCUGGUGCUGAGUAUGAGGUCUUCAUCCUGGUUCACGUGAAGGAUGAUGAGCUCCCGAUGUUUUCGGAUCCGAAAACAGUGGCUCAGCUUAAGAAGUCGAUUCCUCAGGAAUUUAGAAACAUGGCUGUCUUCUUCAACAAUAAGCUGUUGGAGGCAUGGUAUCCUAAAAUUCCGGAACAUACUCCAAUCUAUCAACAUCACCAGCCUCUGCAAAUCUUCGCCCAACUAUAUCCCAACUUCGAGUAUUAUUGGCAAUUGGAAAUGGAUGGUCGCCACACAGGCCAUACCUAUCACUUCCUCGAUAAAGCCAUAUCCUUCGCACGAGACCAACCUCGAAAGUACCUAUGGGAGCGUAACGCCUACUUCUACGUUCCAGGUGCACACGGUCCCUGGGAAAACUUCACACAGAUGGUGGACGAAGAGCUGAAAGACAAGUCCAACUCAACAGUAUGGGGCCCCAUUGGAGGCACUGGAAUCCGCCCCCAGGGCCCCGAAGCACCAGUAUCACCCGACAGUGACAAUUACACCUGGGGAGUAGGAGAGGAAGCAGAUUUCAUAACCUUCCUCCCAAUUUUCAAUCCAAAAGACACGCAGUGGACCUUUCCUGACAUGGUUUGGAACUUCAGGAAUGGCCUUGACACACCCCGCCGCGCAGCAGUUAUCACCAUGGGCCGGUAUUCUCGCCGACUGCUCGAUCUAAUCCACCAAGCGCAAGCCACGCGUGGACUGGGCCUCGUGUCAGAGAUGACAGGCGCCUCGUGGGCGCUGUAUCACGGACUUAAGGCUGUGCAUGUGCCGCAUCCCAUCUACGCAGAUGGAAAAUGGACACCGCGUGAGCUAGCUAGGAUUUACAAUCGCGGCGAAGCAGAUAAUAUCAAUGGGGGCGACGACAGCAUUUGGAACUGGGAUCAUUUGUACGAUCAUAUCAUGUAUCGGCUGUCCUACAUGUUUACGACUCAUACCGCCGAGGACCUUUACAGGAGGUGGAUGGGGUACCGGACUGCAGCAGGUGAAGGAGGGAAGACUUCCUCUGAACUUCGGUAUGGGCGACAUUGUUUCCCGUCUAUGUUCCUUCAUACGGUCAAGAAUGCUGAGAUGGGUAUUGUAGGUAAUAGCAAGGCUGUGCCUUGA